AGAAAUAAUACUUUUGAAUACAGUUAUUUUCUUCAUAUAUAUUUAUAUGGGCUUUAUAUAUGGGAAAAAAGUUUGAAGUUCUUUAUUUCUCUCUUGCACUGAUAUCUGCUUAUUGGCUGAUUCAAAUUUAUUUAUUUGAGGGAUAAACAAAGUAAACCUCGAUUUCUUGCUUAUGUACUUUUCUCUGUGCUCAGUUCACUACUGAGUGUGCUUCAUGCCACGAGAAGCAUGUGCUGUGGUCUUUCCUUUUCCCUCCUCUUAUCAAAACAGGAUUCCUCAGGGCCAGCCUAGCAGUAGGACAGACACUGGGGAGCCUGGGACUGUCAUCUCAGUAGCCUGGCAGCUUUGCGCCUGUCAUCUGUGCUCACCUCCACCGACCAGUACAGGCCACUAGCUCAGGGUAUCUCUCGGUGGGGUGGGAUCUGUCCCAGAAAGGCCCACCAGAGUACUUCUCCAUUCCAGUUGGAGACCUUCCCACAGCACCCUUGUUUGGUCCUGAUGAGGGCAGCGUGCCCAGAGGGCGGGCUGCUAUCUGCUUCUGCCAGCUUUCUCUGGGUCUUCACCACAGCUGAGGGGCGUUUCCGCUCCAGCCUGCCCCUCCCUCUCCACCUUCUGUGUUGGGGUCCGGGCUCAGACCGUGCCCUCCGAUAGCGUUUGUAGCCAGGGUGGGAACGAGGGCGCCUGGGGUCCUACGUCCCCCGCCGUGCAGUUCCCCCACCGCCACCAUCAGCGGCGCCUGCAGCCUCGCCUCACACCUGCGUGAGGCCCGCGGCUGCCCCCACCUCACAGGCCGGCAAGAUGCUGCCGGUGUCCCCGGAGGAGAAGCCCAAUCCGAUGCAGGACGCGAGCAUCUGCUCGCGGCUGUUCUGGUGGCUAAACCCCUUGUUUAAAAUUGGUGAUGAACAGAAAUUAAAACAAGAUGACAUGUACUCAGUGCUUCCGGAAGAUCGCUCCCAGCACCUCGGAGAAGAGCUGCAAGGGUACUGGGAUCAAGAAGUUUUGAGAGCCAAGACAUACAAACGGGAGCCUUCUUUAAUGAAAGCAAUCGUAAAGUGUUACUGGAAAUCCUGUCUAGUUUUGGGAAUAUUUACCUUUCUUGAGGAAGGCACCAGAGUAAUUCAACCCAUAUUUUUGGGGAAAAUGGUUAGUUAUAUUGAAAACUAUGAUCCUGCCAAUUCUGCUGCUUUGCAUGAAGCCUAUGGCUAUGCAGCAGGGCUGAGCACCUGCGUGCUCGUGUGGGCCAUUCUGCACCACUUGUACUUCUACCACAUGCAGCGUGUGGGGAUGAGGCUGAGAGUAGCCGUGUGCCAUAUGAUCUACCGCAAGUCACUUCGCCUGAGUAGCUCAGCCAUGGGAAAGACCACCACAGGCCAGAUAGUCAACCUCCUGUCCAACGAUAUGAACAGAUUUGAUCAGGUAACAACGUUCUUGCACUAUCUGUGGGUGGGGCCACUGCAGGCUAUCGCAGUGACUGCCCUGCUCUGGAUGGAAAUAGGAAUAUCGUGUCUUGCUGGGAUGAUGGUUCUCAUUAUUCUUCUGCUUUUGCAAAGCUGCACUGGAAAUUCAUUUUCAUCACUCAGGAGUAAGACCGCAGCUCUCACUGAUGAUAGGAUCAGGAUCAUGAGCGAAGUCAUAACUGGCAUCAAAACAAUAAAAAUGAAUGCUUGGGAAAAGUCAUUUAUAGACCUUAUUACCAGACUGAGAAGGAAGGAAAUUUCCAGGAUUCUGAAAAGUUCCUACCUUAGGGGCAUGAAUUUGGCAUCAUUUUUCGCUAUCAGCAAGAUUAUGAUUUUUGUCACCUUCAUCACCAAUGAGCUCCUUGACAACCGGAUCACAGCCAGCCAGGUGUUUGUGGUGGUGACGCUGAUUGAGGCUCUGCGGUUCUCGAGCACCCUCUACUUCCCCAUGGCUGUCGAGAAGGUGUCAGAGGCUGUUGUCAGCAUCCGAAGAAUCAAGAAUUUUUUAUUACUUGAUGAAAUACCACAGGUCAACACUCAGCUGCCAUCAGAGGGUGAAGUGAUGGUGGACAUGCAAGACUUCACUGCUUUUUGGGAUGAGGAAUCAGAAAUCCCAACCCUACAAGGCCUUUCCUUUACUGUCAGACCUGGUGAACUGUUAGCUGUGGUCGGACCUGUGGGAGCAGGAAAGUCCUCACUGUUAAGCGCUGUGCUGGGGGAGCUGCCCCCGAGCCAGGGGAAGGUCAGCGCGCUCGGGAGGAUCGCAUAUGUUUCUCAACAGCCCUGGGUGUUUCCAGGAACUGUGAAGAGUAACAUUUUAUUUGGGAAGAAAUAUGAAGAAGAACGAUAUGAAGAAGUAAUAAAGGCUUGUGCUUUGGAAGAGGAUUUUCAGAAUUUGAAGGAAAGAGAUCUAACUGUGACAGGAGAUGGAGGAACCCCGCUGAGUGAAGGCCAGAAAGCCCGGGUCAGCCUCGCCAGAGCUGUGUAUCAGGACGCAGACAUCUACCUCCUGGAUGAUCCGCUCAGCUCAGUGGAUGCAGGAGUCAGCAGGCAUUUGUUCGAACAGUGUAUUCGUCAGGCCUUGAAGGAGAAAAUCACAAUCUUAGUAACUCAUCAGUUGCAGUACCUAGAAGAUGCAAGUCAGAUUCUGAUACUGAAAGAUGGCAAAACAGUGAAAAGGGGGACUUACUCUGAGUUCCUGAAAUCUAGGGUAGAUAUUCUUUCCCUUUUUGACAAGGGGAAUAAGCAAUCUGAACCAUCUCCAGUUCCAGGAACUCCCACUCUGAUCUCCAAGUCUUUGAGUCGGUCUCUACAGUCUCCUAGACCCUCAUGGAAGGAUGUAGCUCCAGAAGACCAAGAUACUGAGAACAUACAGGUUACACUACCUUUAGAAGACCAGUUGGAAAGAAAAGUGGAUUUUAAGACCUAUGCAAGUUACUUCACAGCUGGUGCUCACUGGUCUGUCAUCAUCUUCCUUAUUCUAGUAAACAUCACAGCUCAGGUUGCCUAUGUCCUGCAGGAUUGGUGGCUUUUAAACUGGGCAAAUGUACAAAGUGGCCUAUAUUUUGGGACAUAUGUAGAAGAAGCCACAGAUGUAAUGUUUGUGCUGAACUGGUUCUUAGGAGCUUAUUCAGGGUUAACUGUAUCUACCUUCCUUUUUGGCAUCACAAGGUCUCUGCUGUUAUUCUAUGUCCUUGCUAAUUCUUCACAAACUUUGCACAACAAAAUGUUGGAGAGCAUUUUGAGAGCUCCGGUAUUGUUUUUCAACAGAAAUCCAAUAGGAAGAAUUUUAAAUCGUUUCUCCAAAGACAUUGGGCAUAUGGAUGACUUGCUGCCCCAGAUAUUUCAAGAUUUCAUCCAGAUGUUUUUACUUGUGAUUGGUGUGAUGGGCGUGAUGGUGGCUGUGACUCCUUGGGUUGCUGUACUUGUGAUUCCCUUUGGCAUCAUUUUCUUUGCUAUCCAGUGGUAUUUCUUAAGGUCAUCACGAGACGUGAAACGCCUGGAAUCUGCAGCACAGAGUCCAGUGUUUUCUCACUUAGCAUCUUCUCUCCGGGGACUCGGGACCAUCCGGGCGUACAAAGCCAAACACAAGUUUCAGAAACUGUUCGACACAUACCAGGAUUUGCACUCAGAGGCUUGUUUCCUGCUUUUGACGAUGUCCCAACAGCUCGCUGUGUAUCUGGAUGUCAUCUGUGCCAUCUUUGUCGCUAUUGUUUCCUUUGCAGCCCUGAUUCUGGCAGAUACUUUGAAUCCUGGGGAGGCUGGCCUGGUCCUGUCUCUAAUCAUCACAUUUACAGGGAUGUUCCAGUGGUGUAUCAAGCAAAGUACCGAAGUUGAGAAUAUGAUGAUUUCAGUAGAAAGGGGGAUUGAAUAUACAGACCUUGAAAAAGAAGCACCCUGGGAACUUGAGUAUCGUCCACCACCAUCCUGGCCUCAUGAAGGAAGGAUUUACAUUAUUUAUGUUAAUUUCAAGUACAGCCUGGAUGGGCCUCUGGUAUUGAAGAACCUGGACACGCUCAUUGACCCAAGAGAAAAGCGUGGCAUUGUGGGAAGAACAGGAGCUGGAAAAAGUUCCCUCAUCACUGCUCUUUUUAGAUUGUCAGAACUUGAAGAACCUGACAUUUGGAUCGAUGGGAUCUGGACAACCAGCAUUGGACUUCAUGAUUUAAGGAAGAAAAUGUCAGUUGCACCUCAGGAACCUGUUUUAUUCACUGGAACAAUGAGGAACAAUCUGGAUCCAUUUAAUGAACAUACAGAUGAGGAACUGUGGAAUGCCUUAGAAGAGGUGCAACUUAAAGACAUCUUUGAAUAUCUUCCUGGUAAAAUGAAUACUGAAUUAGCAGAAUCUGGGUUGAACUUAAGUGUUGGACAGAAACAACUGGUGUGCCUUGCUCGGACUAUUCUUAAGAAAAGUCAGAUAUUGAUUAUUGACAAAGCCACAUCAAAUGUGGAUCCAAGAACUGAUGAGUUAAUACAAAAAAAAAUUCAUGAGAAAUUUGCCCACUGCACUGUGCUAACCAUCACACACAGGUUGAGCAAUGUCAUUGACUGUCAACGGAUAUCGGUUUUGGAUUCAGGGAGACGGAAAGAAACUGGUCAGCCAAAUGAUUUGCUGCAGAAUAGAAACAGUCUGUUUUAUAAAAUGGUGCAACAUCUGGGCAAGGAGGAAGUAGCUGUCCUCAAUGAAAGGGCAAAAUAGGACAGGGAGUUGUCAUUAAAGUUUGUCUCCAGGUUCACUCUUCACAAGGUCUCUAUCAGGGGUCUGAUAACAAGCACUCUGUGGCCUUAUAAAUCUCCAGAGACUAAGCUUCAUGAGUGGGUCUUAACAACACAAGGUGGGUUAAGAGCAGGUCUGCUGAGAAUCUGCAGCAGUGGUGGGGGUGGGGUCAGGAUGUGUGCACCCUUCUGUGUGCACACACCUGUGCCUGCGACAGAGAUUUCAGAUUGGACUUCCACAUUUCUGGGCUCUGGGCUCAAAUUCUCAUAGAGCACAGAACACUCUCACUUUGCAGACCCUUUGCAUUCAUUCUGAUUGGUGCUCAGCAUAUUUGUGAUGCAAGUUCUGUCAAGGAAUAUCCAGGAAAUUUGAGAGUUCAGGAGACAAUUUUUGAAAUAUUUUGAUUCUAGGAAGAUCUUCCAGGGAAAGGUGUAGGUCUCUUCUGUUUUCUAAUCUGUAAGGAAAACUUCUUCCUCUACCUUCUAGAAGAUGAAAUUGUCAUCAGGACAAAUCAAGAACUCACAACACCUUCACACUGUAGUCUGAAUGGUGCUUGAAGGUUUACAGAGCACUUUCUCAGAGAUGAGGUGUGCAAAGCACUAAGCACUGUGCAUGGUGUGAGGAAGGGGCUCUAUGGGUAACAUUCAGGUCACAUGACAUCUUCCAAACAAAGGUGAGAUGGUCACUGAGAUCUAGGUUAGGAUACUUAGCCAUUGUCAUUCAGCCAUCUGUAAGUUUUCCUGGAAGAAGGUGGGAGUGGGAAUAGGGUUGAUGGGAAGAUGGAGGGGAGGAAGGUCUGGUGUUCUUGACCCUUGACAUGCAGGGUUUGGGGUGGGAUGAGGCUUCCAGGUGCCUGUGGUGAGGCUUCUCCAUAGAAAAUUUAUCUCUGAGUAUUAAAUUAUGGGUAUAUUUUCUAUUCUCAUA